UCGUGUUAGUAUCGAUAUCUACUGUGUAGUAUUUUGUUUUGAUAAUGAGGCCGAUUUGAUAUCAGUGAUGUGCAUUUAGAUUAUUUUAACUGUGAUUAGUGAAUUAGUUCCGAAUGAUCUCUUUAGGAUAUCUCAUUUGAUCUUAUCGUCCUCGACCAUAAAUCUAGCGGCCGUCGACCGUCGCAUCGAAACAAAUGCUCGCUACACCUGCCUACUAUGACCAGAGAAACAAUUGGUGAUUAGCAGUGUACCGCAAUUGCAAGCCCUUUGGGAUUUUCGACAUUUUUUUCGUGUGUGUAGUGUGAAACGAACUCAGUAACCCAUGAUUAUGGAGAUGACGAACGAAUCGGUGGUGGGACGUUGGUAUGAGUCCCCCAGAACCGGGACGACCGGGAGUCCCGGACAGGGGUUGGACGGUGGAAAUUCGGACAUUAACGUUGCCGAACAUAUGGGCACUUUCUUCCUGGACCAUACAGGCAGCCAACGGGCAGCGAGGUACUACCACCAGACGAUGCAUUCGCCUUACGGAAGCCACACGUCGAGGAUGUCAUCCGGACAAGUCUGCAGGCCGCACUUCCACGCCCCUCUUCACCCCUGGCUCUCCGAUGGGGCGAAGCCGCUCACCCACUCGAGCCCGUGGGUCCCGUUCGGCGGGGGCGACCCUGACAAGUCGCAGUCGCCCAGUUCGGCGCCCGCGCAAGCGCACAACAUCUUCUCGUUCCCCCCGACGCCUCCCAAGGACAGCACGCCCGAUUCCGUGGCCCCCUCGGCUGGGGCGGAGUACCAGAGCGCUGUGGCGGCGGCGAUGGGAGCCUUCAUGCACGAGAACCCCCAGAGCUGUGCCCUCGACAUCAAGCCUAGCGGGGUGGGGGGAUCGUCGAGUUCGAGCAACAAGCAGCGAGAAGGUAGUGAAUAUGAAGGGGGCUCCUCGGGCAUGUUUAAUGGUAACUUUGAUGGCGCGUACGGGUCUACGUAUGCCCACGGUAUUCACGGGGCGGCAUAUUCGCCGCAGAACAAGCAGCAUCUGGGCGGCAUAGGCGGGCAGGGCGCCCAGUCGCCCAACAAGCCGCGAAACAAAUCGAGAACGAGCGCCGAGGGAAGAGAGUGUGUCAAUUGUGGAGCUACCAGCACACCAUUGUGGAGAAGAGAUGGCACUGGGCACUACCUCUGUAACGCUUGUGGACUCUACUACAAAAUGAACGGACAGAACAGACCUCUAAUCAAACCAAAAAGAAGACUGAGUUUACAAAGUGCGGCGCGCCGGGCGGGUACGAGUUGCGCCAACUGCAAGACGACGACGACGACCCUCUGGAGGCGCAACCAAAACGGGGAGCCCGUCUGCAACGCUUGCGGACUCUACUAUAAACUACACAAUGUAAACCGACCACUCACCAUGAAGAAAGAAGGCAUACAAACGAGAAACAGAAAACUCUCUUCAAAGAGUAAGAAGAAGAAGAACGGCGCAUCCUGCCUCUCGCUGGGCGGUAUGAUGGGCGGCAUGAUGGGCGACAUGAAGCCUUUAGACGCCAGCAAGGGCGGCUUUGGCGCUGCAGGUUUCGGCGCCGGCAUGGGUGGUGGACAUCCUCAUCUCAACGCCGCCUUACACCCCCAUCACGCCAUGAGCCACUGGUACCAACAUCAGCAUACGCAAGGAUUCGUUUCCGGUCCUCCUCCCCCCGCCCCACCCCCGACAGCGUCGUAUCAUCAUCACAUGAGCUCGCUGAGUGCCGCCGGUUUGGGAUUGACGUCAAACGGGAUGACCGGCUGGAGAUCCGAGUAUACGUGAUAAGUAAGUGAAGAAGCCUGUCAAGGAAUUUAUUUAUGAACAACUCUGUAGAUAUAUUGUUUAAGGUAUAAAUAAAAUUAAACGUGAUCAUCAAAAGCUGGUUAGAGCAUCCCUGUAUUCACUGUAUAUUUUGUAUAAAUUAAGUUCAGCGAUUGUAUGACCAGUGAGUUUAUGUAUAAAUUAAGUACAAAAAUAGAACGUUUGUAAUGUAAAUAGAUGUUAGUUUGUUUAAAAUGAUUUUAAUACAAGUUUCGAUUUGUAAAUAUAUGAAUAUAUUAAAGACAAUGUGCAAUCUUCACGAUAAAUA